GUCCCGGCGGCUCGGGCGCAGAGCCGGAGGACUGUGGAGCGGAGGGCGUACCGGCGCUGGCAUGUCUCCUCGCCAGGGAGCUCCCGUCAGCCGCCAGGCGCGGGCGGCUCCUAACUUGGCUGCAGGCUCCGGCGGUCCGGCCGCCGCCAUGUAGUCGCCGGCGGGGCUCCCCGCAGCCCGGGAGCAGCUACGAGAGCAAGCCGGAGCCCAGCAGCUCGCGGCUUCCCCGGGAGGCGCUGAGUGCGCGCCUCGCCCCCGCCGCCCCUCCGGCCGCACUUUGGGUCCGAGAGGGAAAUGGGGGAGAAAGUUUCGGAGGCGCCUGAGCCGGUGCCCCGCGGCCGCAGCAGUCACGGUGCUCCGACUCCCGCCCCUGCGGUGGCUGCCGAGUCCUCGCCCGGCGCUUCCUCGGCGGAGUCCUCCUCGGGCUCGGAAACUCUGUCGGAGGAAGGGGAGUCUGGCUUCUCCCGCGAGCAGCCGCCGCCGCCGCCGCCGGGUGGAGCUCGGCCGGCCGCCGCGUGGGCUCCCGCGCUCUCGGUGCCGGAGCGUGGAGUCUCAGCGCCGCCGCCGCGCCCGGGAGGAGCCGCGCCACCCGCGCCCCGGGGCAGCAGCGCGUCCCAGGAGGAGCAGGACGAGGAGCUUGAUCACAUAUUAUCCCCUCCACCCAUGCCAUUUCGGAAAUGCAGCAACCCAGACGUGGCUCCUGGCCCUGGGAAGUCGCUGAAGUUUAAAAGACAGCUGAGUGAGGAUGGAAGACAGCUGCGACGGGGGAGCCUGGGAGGUGCUCUGACUGGCAGGUAUCUCCUUCCAAACCCGGCUGCCGGGCAAGCCUGGGGGACCUCUGCGGAGACGUCCAACCUCGUGCGCAUGCGCAGCCAGGCCCUUGGCCAGUCGGCGCCCUCGCUCACCGCCAGCCUGGAAGGGCAGCCUCCGAAGAGUCAUUUCAACUCAGCCCGACAUCGCCAGAGACUAGUGGACCCCGCUGCUUCAAAAAAGGAGCUGAGUCUUCCCAGAAGAGGAAGUCUGAUAGAUUCCCAGAAGUGGAAUUGCUUGGUCAAACGGAGCCUUGGCUGUGCUCUGGACCAGAAGGGAGUCCUUGUGAUUCUGUUUGACAUCAGCCACCCUGCUCAGACCAUUCCAGAAGGCAUCCAGUUUAUACCAGGAGACAUCCGCUGUCUCUCUGAUGCAGAGAAUGACUUCCAGGGUGUCGAUGUGGCUUGUGUGUUCCAUAUCAUGUCUUACAAGUUAACAGUCCAGCAGUGA